AUGAAUGACUACAGAGUGCACAGUGACAUUUGUCCUGUCGGCCAUUAUUGUCCAUUGGGUUCUGCUGUGCCCACACCAUGUGAAAAUGGGAAAUUCAUGAACCAUACAGGAGCAGAAGAAUGUUUCACCUGCCCAGAAGGAUACCAGUGCAUAAACGGAGAGCAAGCUGAACCUUGCCCCCAAGGUUCGUACUGUCCAAAGGGUACUGGUAUAUCUCCCCAACCCUGCCCUAUUGGGACAUUUGGAGCAUCCUGGGGACUAGGGAAGAGAUCUGACUGUACUCCGUGCCUUGGUGGAUUCUACUGCAGUAGCCCAGGCCUAACACAAGUUGAAGGCCCCUGCGAUCCUGGAUUUUAUUGUGAAUCUGGAGUCAAUUCUCCACGCCCUUCCAUAUAUUUCAAGCAUACAGGGAAUGGUGGUGAAUGUAGUGCAGGUGCCUACUGUCCCAGCAACUCUACGCUACCUAUACCGUGCUCACCUGGAACCUACAACUCUGAAACAGGUCAGAGUAUCUGCCAGAUAUGCUUAGCUGGACACUUCUGUCUGGGUGGUCUUUCCAAUCCCUUCCCACUACAGUGCCCAUCAGGGCACUACUGUCCAGAACACACCAGCUUCGCAAAGGAAUAUCCAUGUUCCCCUGGGACGUAUAGUAGUUUGCCUGGUCAAAAAAGCUCAGCUGGAUGCUUGCCUUGCCCUCCAGGUCAGUUUUGUGAAGGAAGUGGUUUGAGUAAGCCCAGUGGGAACUGCUCAAAAGGCUGGUUUUGUACUGGAGGUUCAUCCACGAGCAAGCCCCUGUGUUCAGACGAAUUCUCAAACAGUUCUAAAUGUGCCAACUCAGGAAAUGUUUCCCCAGGAAAUCGUUGUUCUUCAGGGUCGUUCUGCCCAGAAGGGUCAUCUCUCCCACUAAUUUGUACAGCAGGAUACUACUGUGAUCAAUAUGAGCUUGCUGAACCAACAGGUCUUUGUGAUGCGGGGUAUUAUUGUCCAAUUGGCAGUACUGAACGUGCUCCAGACCAGUUCAAGUGUAUUGCAGGGCAUUACUGCCCUGAGGGUUCGGCUUUCCCCAAACCAUGCCCUGAAAGGACAUAUUCCACAACAGCCAGGAACAAGGCAUUGGACAACUGCCUGCCAUGCACACAAGGGUUCUUCUGCGAAGGCAUUGGGUUAAUUCACCCUACUGGUGUCUGUUUAUCUGGUUACUACUGCCCAGGAGGCCAGAACUCUCCAACCCCAGCAGACUUCAUGUGCCCUGCUGGGUCAAGGUGUCCAGCAGGAAGUUUCAGUCCUGACCCUUGUCCAAGAGGUUUCUAUCAAGCUCUGACAGGCCAGCCUGACUGCAAGCCUUGCCCUGCUGGAGCCUAUUGUAACACAUCAGAAUUGGAGAACCGGGGAGUGGAAAUCCCUCAGCUCUGCCCACCAGGAUAUUUCUGUCCAGUCAAAACAGAAUUUGCUACCCAACACAAGUGUCCCCGUGGGACUUUCAGCAACAAAGAAGGUCAAACCUCAACAGCUCAAUGUGAUCCUUGCCCACCUGGUCUGUUCUGCAGCCAAGAAGGACUGGUUGAACCUUCUGGUUCCUGUUGGAAAGGCUUUUAUUGCCUUGCAGGAGCAACAACUCCCAUUCCAACUGAUGGCAUCACUGGUGACAUUUGCCCAGUGGGCAGGUAUUGUGAGGCAGGAUCUACCACAGGUGUUGAUUGUCCAGUUGGCUAUUACAGCAAUAAAACUGGUUUGACCUCUCCAAAUGAUUGCACCAUUUGUGACCCUGGAUUCUACUGUAACCGCCCUGGGAUGACAGCCCCUCAAGGUCCAUGUGCAGCAGGAUACUACUGUAAACUGGGUGCCCAAACACCCAAUCCAAACAAUGGGAUUGAAGGAGCCCUCUGCCCCGUUGGUUACUAUUGUACAAGUGGAACAGCAAGACCAGCCCCCUGUCCAAUUGGGACCUACAAUCCUUCAAAAGGAAGGGCUUCAUUGUCCGAUUGCUUGCCAUGUGAUCCAGGACAUUACUGUUCAACUGUUGGUCAGACCCAGCCCAGUGGCUUGUGCUUGGAGGGCUUUUACUGUAUCAGAAAUUCCUCCCAGCCUAAUCCACGUGAUGGUCAAAGUGGUGGAAUUUGCCCUGAGGGAUUUUACUGCAAAGCUGGAGCACACAGCCCUGUCCCAUGUCCUCUCACAACAUUCCUUAAUCACAGUGGCGGGACUGAGUGUGAUCUGUGUCCCUCUGGAUUUUACUGUAUCCAUGGCAACAGGAUUGAUCCCUGCCCACUAGGAUUCUACUGUCCAGCAGGCACUGGGACAGAAAUCCCAGCAUGCUCAGCAGGUACAUAUGGAGGACGCACGGGACUAAAGGAAGAGAAGGAUUGUUUGCCAUGCAAAGGAGGAUUCUAUUGUGCUCAAGAUGGCCUUUCUUGGCCUCAGGGGAAGUGUGAUCCUGGGCAUUACUGUACUUCAGGAGUGAACAUUCCCAACCCUGGACCAACACAGCUCUUCUUGGGAACGGGUGGAAAGUGCGGUGUUGGACAGCAUUGUCCUGCAGGGUCAGCCCAACCACAGCCAUGUCCAUCAGGAACCUACGCUGAAGAAGGAGGACUGGAGUAUUGUCGAAGGUGCCCUGCAGGAUAUUACUGUCAGUCUGCGGUGGUGACACCUGAACUCUGUUUACCGGGUUAUUAUUGUCCCUCUGGAACAGAAGAAGCCACACAGUAUCCCUGUCCUCCAGGAACAUACAACGGACAGUCAGGGAGUAGAAGUGAGAGGGAGUGCCAGGCCUGUCCUCCAGGGCAGCACUGCAGUGGAUUUGGCCUCCCGAAACCUUCAGGGCCAUGUGCUGCGGGUUAUUACUGCACUUGGGGAUCAGCAACCAACAAACCAACCAUUAAUAAUUUGAUGGUUAAUACUUCCUUCAACUCCACCUCUGAGUGCAAGUGGUGUCUGGGACAAUACCAGAUGACAGGUGGGCUUUGCCCAACUGGUUAUUAUUGCCCACCUGGAUCUCCCUCUCCAGUACCAUGUGAUGCGGGGAAAUACUGUUCAAAUAUAAAACUAUCCAUACCAACAGGAGAGUGUUAUGCUGGAUAUUAUUGCAAUGCUGCUUCCACACAGCCUGACCAGCACAUCUGCCCUGCUGGUUUUUACUGCCCAAACAGCACAGUGGUUCCUAUACCUUGUCCAGCUGGUACCUACAGCAACAGCACUGGAAACAAAAGGGAAUCAGACUGCCAGCCUUGUCUCAGUGGACAGUUCUGUGAAGGGCCAGGCAACGAAGCUCCUGAUGGUCCUUGCUUGGUUGGAUUUUAUUGCCCCCCUGGUCAAAGCUCAGCGAGUCCCAUAUCAUUUCUCUGUCCAAUUGACUACUAUUGUCCCAGCAGAACUUCCAUUCCACUGCCAUGCAAGGGAGGAACUUACCAAGCACAGGAAGGUCAGGAAUUCUGUGACCAAUGUCCAGCUGGUUUCUUUUGUCAGUUCACUAAUGGUAUGCAUUGUGCUUCCAAUGGUCUCUCCAACCCCACUGGACCUUGUCACCCUGGCUACUACUGUACUGGAAGUGCCAUCAGUCCAACUCCCAUCAAGCAUUUGGUACAAUCUGCACAAAAAAAAAUUGGAUAA